UUCCCUCCACCCACACCCUUGAUACCAGCACAACUCUUCACUAAAUAAAGAAAAUGGCGUCCGUCAUAGGUUCCGAAGUGGAGAUACAAGAAGUUGAAGUUGAUGCUAUUCCAGUAGAAAUGCCGAUAGAGACAGUCGAAACGUCAGAUGAAGUUUCUGUACAGCCAAUGAUUGCUUUACAACCUUUACCUGAAUCAGGAGGAGAAGAAAUAGUUUUACAAACUCGAGAAGAAGUUGUUGGUGAUCCUCAUCUUGUUUAUUCGGACUCAAUACCAGUGCCAGCACCUGAAAUAGAAAUUUCCACAGAGGAAGUAAUUCCAAUGAGAAAAGGAAAAGGAAAAAGAAAAGGAAAAUCAAGAAAUAUUGUUCAAGGAGGCAAUCUUGGUGUAAAUGAUUUAGGGCUCGGUGAUACUUCUGUUAAGAAAUGGGAACAAAAACAAGUUCAGAUAAAAACACUCGAAGGAGAAUUUUCAGUCACAAUGUGGGCGUCAGAAGAUCAAUCUAAACUCGAUGAAGACUCAGUGGCUGGUGAUUCAGAUGCAGACUUCACAGAGUAUAUGACAGGAAAGAAAUUACCACCUGGUGGAAUACCUGGCCUUGAUUUAAGUGAUCCUAAACAGCUAGCAGAGUUUGCAAGUUGGGACAGGAUAAAGCCUAGGAAACCUACUGAUGAUGUACCACGAACAGUCCCAUGUCCACACAAGGGCUGUAAUAAGAUGUUUCGGGACAAUUCAGCGAUGCGCAAACACUUGCAUACACACGGUCCAAGGGUUCACGUGUGUGCAGAAUGUGGGAAAGCCUUUGUUGAGAGUUCCAAAUUAAAAAGACAUCAGCUUGUACACACAGGAGAAAAACCUUUUCAGUGCACAUUUGAGGGAUGUGGUAAAAGGUUUUCUUUGGACUUUAAUCUUCGCACACAUGUCAGAAUCCACACUGGUGACAGACCCUAUGUUUGCCCCUUUGACGGAUGCAAUAAAAAGUUUGCACAGUCGACGAAUCUGAAGUCACAUAUUCUUACACAUGCUAAAGCAAAAGUUGACAGAUCUUCAAAAACCAUGUUAGUAUUCUCAGAUCAAGGCUCAGUGGAUGGUGAUCAGUGUUUAUCAGAUGAUGGCUUAUUGGUCUUUGAUUCAAGAGGACAGUCAGCUUACCAAAUCCCUGGUGCACAGGCUGGUCAGGCUCUGGCAUAUGUUACCAUUCCUCCAGAAUCACCAGGAUGGGGCUGAGCUUGUAUCCACAGCAAUGCAUCUUGUAACUUUGGCAGAUAGAACUGAGUGUGUGGCAUUGAAGACACCAAAUGUACAGCAUCAGGUUGUUCCCUGCUAGUCUCGCCUUGUUUGUUUUAUCAAUGUAUAAACUCAUCAGCUACACAUAGAGUGUGUAUCUUUACUUUAAAGCAGUCAUUUCAAACAUGGACAGCAAUGAUAGCUAUGCUCAAAUGUAUCAGUGGUCAGUUAUGGAAGCUGUGCUAUGUGUAUCGCUUUCUUUUAAUUUUUUUCUAUCACUCAAGUUGGACUAAAGAUUUUAUUUCUCUAGACUUUGGGUUCAUGCACACUCCAAACAUUUAAAAGAUUCCCCUUAUUUCCUUAAAUCAAAUUAAAAGUCUGGAACUUUCCAUAAAAAGUUCAGUAUAUUUGUAAUUGUUAAGAAAAUGUCCUAACAUCUGAAAUAAAUGCAAAUGUUCUGAACUUUCAUAUAGGUCUUGUGGGAAGAAACAAUGUUAAUAAUAUAAUGAUGAUAAAAAAAAAUUACAAAUGUGAAGAAAACAAUUUAUUGAAAGUUAAUAUUGAGCAUCUCCAUAAUGACAACUAUCUUAAUUAAGGUCCACAACCAUACUAUUUUAAAUUUAUCAGCCAGUUGCCUCAAAAGAAAAAAAAAAGCCUAUUAGCUAUUUUAUUACAGUUUUAUUGAUAGGGCUUGGGAGUAGUGUUGUAUAUAAACUGUAAAUUCUUUUCAUCAUUUUUCACUUAAGGCUCUAUUGAAAUAAAUGAUUAAAAUGUAAUGUACCCAAUUUCUUAUUGAAUAUCUAGAUACUUUGGAAAAGUUCUUCUAAACAUUUUUCCUCCUGAAAAACUUAUUUAUUAGAAGAUGCAUGAAUCCUAUAGAACAAUAAACUACAGAAAUCCACUGGCUAGACUGGAGAAUAUACUUCCCCACACUGCCUUGAUCAACUUUUUUUUUUACGCAGUUCAAAUGUUAGUCUAUUUUGUGAGGUUCAUUUUUGUAAGUUGCUGAUAUUAAUAUGUAAUAUUUUUGUUGACACAAGACAUGGAUCUAAGUGCACAUUAUUAAGUACAGUCUUUGUUUGUUUUUCUUCAAGCUUAGUGCAAAGACGGCUUUGUUGGUUUUUUUUUUUUUUGAGUCACAAUUACUUUUAUUAAAAAAUAAAAUUGAUUGUUCACCUUAUGGUGUCAGCUCAUUCUGGGCUUUAUGCAAAAUGGAAACCAAUCAUCUUGAUUACAAUUUUUAAAAAUUAAUAGGCUAUGAAUGGAAAAAAAAGUUUGUUAUUCCAGAAAGCUUUUUUUUUUUUUCUGCUGAGCUCUACAAAGCAGCUUUCUUCCUCAUCUGUUUAGCACUACUACUUAGCUGAUGAGGAUCUGAGAUGGAUUCAUUUGGUAACUCAAAGUAAAUGAAAAGUUUUGUAAAGGUAGGAACAUUGGGUCAGGUUGGUUGAGUUUCAAUAUAUUUACUUUCAAGUUUGUAAUAUUAAGUCAUCAGUAAGUUUGUAUUCUGUUCUUUCCAAAGUGUUGACUAUGUAUUGUCAUUUCUCUAGAAAUAAAAAAAAAGUUGCAUUAGUGUUAAUCAAUUAUAAAUUAGUUGUUUGUGCUUAAGUGAAGAGUAUAGCAUGUCAGAUAAAUGCAGAUCUUACUAUUGAGCAUCAAUGUCAUGUCAUUGUCUUACAUUGGUAUACGUUUAGGGUCUGAGAUCAUUGCUAUAAUACUUUAUUUACCAUAAUCUAUUUUGCUUAUGUGUUGGAUAAUAGUAAUAUAAAAUGUUAAUUAUCUGCAACCAGGUAUAUUGUAAAAAAAAUAAAUAAAUAUAUAACACAGCAGCAAUGAAUGUCCUUAUUAAGCUCCUGAAUGCUAGACUAUAUAGCCUUCAUUUACAUUUUGAUAUGAUAUUUUGGGUUUUUGACACAUUUUUUUUUGGCAGUUUAGGCCAUGUUGUGCCCAAAAUCUCUCAAGGGUUAUUCCCCCUUUAUAGCUCAAGAGCUAAAUGUUAUAUAAACUAUUAAAAAUAAGGAACAUUCAUAGCUCAAAUGGUUAAAAUAGUAAUAAUUAUAUAACUGCUGAAGACUCAACAGUUGAAUUGUUUUUUUGUCAAUUUUUUUUUAUUACCAGAUAGUCUUCUUUCAGAAAUUGUAUUGUAUAUGCUAAAUAUACUUACAAAAAACAACAUAAUUAGUCAAAUGACUUGCACAAUUCUUAAUUUUGUAAAAUGAAUCAAACCAGUGUAUGCUUUCUGCAUUAAUCCUGAGACAUACAAUGUGUUGAUAUAUUUAUUUAUACUAUUAUUUGCUUGCAAAUAAUUGAACAUAUGAAGGAUAUUAUCUAAACAUUGUUAGUUAAGUUUGCACAGGUAAAUGGUGCAUUUGUUUGUUUCUUAUUACAGUUGGAAAUAUGUUAAUGCCAUACAACAAAUAAGGCAGAAAAGAUGUGUACAAUAUUUAUAUCUGGUGGGGCUUCAUUUUUUUUUUUUAGUCAGGUUAAGGUCAACCUGAUCUGUUCUUCUGAGCCAAUAUUGUUUGUUAAUACAUUAGCACUUAUUGUAAAUAAUGUUUCAAGAGUUUUCAUUUUGUCAUUGCGUUUAUAAUUACUGUGUAAUACAAUUAUUUCAUCUGCAUACCUUGUAAAUAAAAAUUAUUUCUGAUUCAAAUUUGCUUGUUUUAAAAUUGUAUUUUACUUUGUUAAAUAAU